CAUCUGUUUUGGAAUGAAGUCACCUGAGGAGAUGCGCCAACAGGCACACAUCCAGGUUGUGAGUAAGAACUUGUACAGCCAGGACAACAACCAUGCCCCCUUACUGUAUGGGGUGCUUGACCACAGGAUGGGCACCAGUGAAAAGGACCGUCCUUGUGAAACCUGUGGAAAAAACUUAGCUGACUGUCUAGGUCACUAUGGUUACAUCGACCUGGAGUUGCCAUGUUUUCAUGUGGGUUACUUCAGAGCUGUAAUAGGCAUCUUACAGAUGAUCUGCAAAACCUGCUGCCAUAUCAUGCUGUCCCAGGAGGAGAAGCAGCAGUUUCUGGAUUACCUAAAGAGGCCUGGCCUGACCUACCUUCAGAAGCGAGGCCUCAAGAAGAAAAUCUCUGACAAGUGCCGGAAGAAAAGUAUUUGCCAUCACUGUGGUGCCUUUAAUGGUACUGUAAAGAAGUGUGGCUUACUGAAGAUAAUUCAUGAGAAAUACAAGACCAACAAAAAAGUGGUAGAUCCUAUUGUAUCAAGUUUCCUUCAGUCCUUCGAAACGGCCAUUGAGCAUAACAAAGAAGUCGAGCCACUGCUGGGAAGGGCACAGGAAAACUUGAAUCCUUUAAUAGUUCUGAAUUUAUUUAAACGAAUCCCUGCUGAAGAUGUCCCUCUACUUCUGAUGAAUCCAGAAGCUGGAAAGCCCUCUGAUUUGAUUCUCACACGACUUUUAGUGCCUCCUUUGUGUAUUAGACCCUCCGUCGUGAGUGAUUUGAAGUCUGGCACCAAUGAAGAUGAUCUGACGAUGAAAUUGACAGAAAUCAUUUUCCUAAAUGAUGUUAUUAAAAAGCAUCGGAUCUCUGGAGCCAAGACCCAGAUGAUCAUGGAGGACUGGGAUUUUCUACAGUUGCAGUGUGCCCUCUAUAUUAACAGUGAGCUCUCCGGUAUUCCCCUCAACAUGGCACCCAAAAAAUGGACCAGAGGUUUUGUCCAGCGCCUAAAGGGAAAACAAGGUCGGUUUAGAGGCAAUCUCUCAGGAAAGAGAGUGGAUUUUUCUGGCAGAACAGUCAUCUCACCUGACCCCAACCUCCGAAUUGAUGAAGUAGCUGUGCCAGUGCAUGUGGCCAAAAUACUGACUUUUCCUGAGAAGGUAAACAAAGCAAACAUCAAUUUUUUGAGGAAACUGGUUCGAAAUGGCCCUGAAGUUCACCCAGGAGCUAAUUUCAUCCAGCAGAGACAUACACAAAUGAAAAGGUUUUUGAAAUACGGAAAUCGGGAAAAGAUGGCUCAGGAACUCAAGUAUGGUGACAUUGUAGAGAGACACCUCAUAGAUGGAGACGUGGUGCUAUUUAAUCGGCAGCCCUCACUGCACAAAUUGAGUAUAAUGGCUCAUCUGGCCAGAGUCAAGCCCCACCGGACCUUCAGAUUUAACGAGUGUGUUUGUACUCCUUAUAAUGCAGACUUCGAUGGGGAUGAAAUGAAUCUUCAUCUUCCUCAGACAGAAGAAGCUAAAGCUGAAGCCCUUGUUCUGAUGGGGACUAAAGCAAACCUGGUAACUCCAAGGAAUGGGGAGCCACUCAUUGCUGCUAUUCAGGAUUUUUUAACAGGUGCCUAUCUCCUCACUCUCAAGGACACUUUCUUCGACAGAGCCAAGGCUUGUCAAAUCAUUGCUUCAAUAUUGGUUGGCAAGGAUGAGAAAAUUAAAGUUCGUCUUCCACAUCCUACAAUACUGAAGCCUGUCACCCUGUGGACCGGAAAACAGAUCUUCAGUGUCAUCCUCAGACCUAGUGAUGACAAUCCAGUGAGGGCCAACCUCCGAACCAAGGGCAAGCAGUACUGUGGCAAGGGGGAAGAUCUCUGUGUCAAUGAUUCCUAUGUCACAAUCCAGAACAGUGAGUUGAUGAGUGGCAGCAUGGACAAAGGAACACUGGGAUCGGGAUCCAAGAAUAAUAUUUUCUACAUUUUGCUGCGAGACUGGGGGCAGAAUGAAGCUGCUGAUGCUAUGUCCCGGCUUGCCAGGCUGGCCCCUGUGUACCUGUCUAACCGUGGAUUCUCAAUUGGGAUUGGUGAUGUCACACCUGGCCAAGGACUACUGAAGGCCAAGUAUGAGUUGCUGAAUGCUGGCUAUAAGAAAUGUGAUGAGUACAUCGAAGCCCUGAACACAGGCAAGCUGCAGCAGCAGCCUGGCUGCACUGCCGAGGAGACUCUGGAGGCACUGAUCCUGAAGGAGCUGUCUGUGAUCCGUGACCAUGCUGGAAGUGCCUGCCUCCGGGAGCUGGACAAGAGCAACAGUCCCCUCACCAUGGCACUGUGUGGCUCCAAAGGUUCCUUCAUUAACAUAUCACAGAUGAUUGCCUGUGUGGGACAGCAAGCUAUCAGUGGCUCCCGAGUGCCAGAUGGCUUUGAAAACAGGUCCUUGCCUCACUUUGAAAAACACUCAAAGCUCCCAGCUGCCAAAGGCUUUGUGGCUAAUAGCUUUUAUUCUGGUUUAACACCAACCGAGUUUUUCUUCCACACAAUGGCCGGUCGGGAAGGUCUAGUCGACACAGCUGUAAAGACAGCUGAAACAGGAUACAUGCAGAGAAGGCUUGUCAAAUCCCUUGAAGAUCUUUGCUCCCAGUAUGAUUUGACAGUCCGAAGCUCCACCGGUGAUAUCAUCCAGUUCAUUUAUGGGGGAGACGGCUUAGAUCCUGCAGCUAUGGAGGGGAAAGAUGAACCUUUAGAGUUUAAAAGGGUCCUGGACAACAUCAAAGCAGUCUUCCCAUGUCAGAGUGAGCCUGCGCUCAGCAAAAACGAACUGACCCUGACCACGGAGUCCAUCAUGAAGAAGAGUGAGUUCCUCUGCUGCCAGGAGAGCUUCCUGCAGACCUUUACUGAGACAGGCUAUGAGACAUAUAAGGAGGUGAAGCAGCCUUUCACUCUCAGUGAUGGAGUGGCCACAUUUGGAGCAGUAGGGCUCAGUAACUGCCAGGAAAUAAAAAAAUUCAUUAAAGGGGUUUCUGAGAGGAUCAAGAAAACCAGAGAUAAAUAUGGCAUCAAUGAUAACGGCACAACAGAGCCCCGUGUACUAUACCAGUUGGACCGGAUCACCCCCACCCAGAUAGAAAAGUUUCUGGAGACCUGUAGGGACAAGUAUAUGAGGGCACAGAUGGAGCCAGGCUCUGCAGUGGGUGCACUCUGUGCCCAGAGCAUUGGUGAGCCAGGCACCCAGAUGACCCUGAAGACUUUCCACUUUGCAGGUGUGGCCUCCAUGAACAUCACUCUGGGCGUGCCCCGCAUCAAAGAGAUCAUCAACGCUUCCAAGGCCAUCAGCACUCCCAUCAUCACAGCACAGCUGGACCAAGAUGAUGACGCGGAUUACGCCCGCCUAGUGAAGGGCAGGAUUGAGAAAACCCUCUUGGGGGAGAUUUCCGAGUAUAUCGAAGAAGUGUUUCUUCCUGAUGACUGCUUUAUCCUUGUCAAGCUCUCCCUGGAACGGAUUAGACUUCUGAGACUGGAAGUGAACGCUGAGACGGUGCGGUAUUCCAUUUGCACUUCCAAGCUCCGUGUGAAGCCUGGCGACGUGGCUGUUCACGGUGAGGCUGUGGUGUGUGUCACCCCUAGAGAGAACAGCAAGAGCUCCAUGUACUAUGUGCUGCAGUUCCUUAAGGAGGACCUCCCCAAGGUGGUAGUUCAGGGCAUCCCAGAGGUAUCCAGAGCUGUCAUCCACAUUGACGAGCAGAGCGGAAAGGAGAAGUACAAGCUUCUCGUGGAAGGUGACAACCUGCGGGCAGUCAUGGCCACCCAUGGUGUGAAAGGCACCCGGACCACCUCCAAUAACACCUAUGAGGUGGAGAAAACUCUAGGCAUUGAGGCUGCCCGCACAACCAUCAUCAACGAAAUCCAGUACACGAUGGUUAACCAUGGCAUGAGCAUCGACAGGAGGCACGUGAUGCUGCUCAGCGACCUUAUGACCUACAAGGGUGAAGUUCUGGGUAUCACCAGGUUUGGCCUGGCCAAGAUGAAGGAGAGUGUGCUGAUGCUGGCCUCUUUUGAGAAGACAGCUGACCAUCUCUUUGACGCUGCCUACUUUGGACAGAAGGAUUCUGUGUGCGGGGUGUCCGAGUGCAUCAUCAUGGGAAUCCCAAUGAACAUUGGAACUGGGCUCUUCAAGCUGCUCCACAAAGCCGACAGGGACCCAAACCCUCCUAGGAGGCCUCUGAUCUUCGACACAAAUGAAUUCCAUAUCCCUCUUGUCACAUAGUCUGGGAAAGAGGGGAGCUUCUCACAUCUCAGCUCCUUGUGCCGUCUGCAGGUGGCCUAAAGAGACCUGUGCCAGUGGUCAGAGGGGGCCCUGACAUCUCCAGGAGCCGCUCACCCUCUAAUACAGGACAGCCCAUACCUGACUGCUCUGGGGCACUGAGAGCUGGAUUGUUGGUUAUCAGCACCUCCUACCACCCUCCCUCCCUGGACUUAAGAAGAGGCACAGCCAGGAAUCACUGCCCAUCCUCCUCACUGCAUAGCCUCCACCAGCUCCCAGGUGUCUUCACGCCUGACUGUGAGCCAGGUCUGAGGUCCCACGCAGGCCAGGGCACGUUCCUGUUUCUUCUACUUGUUCAUUCUGGAACCUCUCAAUGUGGCAUACACAUGUAAAUAUUAUUACUAUUAUUUAUUUGCUCCAUUUGAGGGAUUUGGAAUUUUUGUUUUUGUUUUGUUUUGUUUUUGAAACCAAGAAGCUAUAGAAACCAAGGAAGUAUUAAAGUGACACUGGAAAAGCUCAUUAAGCAAAUAGGAACAUCCAGAAUUGGUAACUGAGCGGAGACUGUUGAGAGGCCCACCCAAGCACCUCUGAAUUGUUGUCUUUAAAAUGCUGUGUCUAUCUUGUUGUUUUCCUCUACCUCUGACCCAUAGUGGGGCCCUACCUUGUUUCAAAAGCCAAAGCUAUUCUCCAUGUCCUAUAGAAGCCUCCAUAAAGCUAAGAGCCUCUUGAGGUGGGGACCUGGCAGUAUCCACAGAGAUGAUACACAGCUGGCUAGGCUGCCAGCGCUGCCUUCUGCUGACAUCCACACCCCUCCUGAGGUGUCUCCCUGUCUGUCCCACAUCCCAGAACUGAAGGGUGCAGGGCUGGUGCAGAACCGAUGGCCUAUAAAGUACCCCAGGGGCAGUGGUAGGAGAGGAGUGCUCUUGCUCACAGGCAGGCACCAGCCAAGACAGGAUAGGAGGUGGCCCCACGUAGGGGGUGAGCAUUAGCUGGAGCUGGGGAUGUGCCCCAGCUGGCAACACAGUUCCCUUGAAGAGUAUAAAUCUCCUGGGACAAUAGAAAGCAGACACUGAGGCUGUCAGAAGAAAACCAGCCUGGUGUCCUGGGCUUACUCAGGCUGCUGCCUGGUGCCAGCACCAUUGCUGGAGGUCUGUCAGGGAUUUGGAAGAGGUUUCACGCAACAUAGGAAAGAAAUGCAAGUAGCUCAUCUUCUAAGAGGGGGUUUGCUCCUGGGGACAAUGUGUUCUUUGUGCUGAAUUUGCUCAGUCGGACUGGCUCAGAGCCAGGGAUAAGUGGCAAUGGCUGCAGUUCCCCUACCCCUGAAGAGCGUUCUGUGGGGCUUGUCCCCCCACUUCCCUGCCCAGAUGAGUCACAUUGUUCUGGCUCUUCUUUGCCCAGGGAGUGAGAUGACCAGAAAGCAGGGAUUUGACACUAUUUUCUUGCUCCAGUCACUCCUAAAGGUCUGCUGCUGCAGUGACAGCAGGUUCAACUGUCUCCGCUCUCCAAUAGACAGCAGCCCAAACUGAAGGGACAGGAGGUUAUUGUUUGAGUGAUUAAAAAGAUGGAUGUGGUAAAAGAGGACACCAAAAGAAUUGAAGCAGUAUUUUCUAGAACUGUGCUUAAGUGCUUUGGAUGUCCCUUUGUUGAUUUCCCAAGUUCUGAGUUAAUGCUGCUAAGGGAUUCAGUGUUGCUGUUAGUUUUUGGAUCAAAGGUAGAAUCCGUGAUUUCUUUCCCAUACUGAUGAGGUUCCUAAGUUAGCAAUUCUUGACCCGAGUUGUUUUUAGAAUUCCAUUAAAAUUUGUAGCUUGGCCUUAUGUUUUGUCUGCAUCCAUUAGGCUGACCUGUGACCUUCUCUCAAGGUAUCAAAUGAUGGGGGAAAUGCCUUUUUUCUUAAUAUUCGCCCCCAUCCCUCCCUUUACAACAACUAAGGCUGUGAACAGUUGCUGACUCAGGGUUUCCACUCAGCACCUCACUGAGGCACUGCUCCUCACGUAACCCAAGGAGGGCCACAGGGACCCCACGUGUACAUGCAACUGCCUUCUUGAAAACUUGCCUUGGAAGUAAGCCACAGGCCUGAUCCAAUCCAAGAGCCCUGGAGGACACAGCAUGGCCAGGGAGGGAAAGCCAGGCCUGCUGUCCUGCAGCCUAACGUAUUACUACAGGGCCUGACUGGGGGAGCACUCCGGUGUACGCUGACAGGUUGGUGGGAGACAUAAGUGACCUAUGGGUGCAGAUCGACCCACAUCACCCUGGGAUCCAGCCAGGUGUGGGGCAGUCACCCAGUGAGAAGCCACAUGCCCAGAGGACACUGCCCCCUCCUGGUACCACCACAGCAUCAACACCGGCAGCAUUCUCUGCUCCCCACUGUUCUGUGACAGUGUUAAAAUUUGCCCUUGUGAUCAUCCUUCUGCCCUGGCAUUGGCUUUCUGCCAGCAGACUGGAGACAUGGUAGCAGGAUUCUCAAUAGUGAUCUCAGGAAAGGGUUUGGAUGUUACUCUCUGGACCUCUUUGGAAGAAAUAAGAAAACAUUUUGUUUCAACUCAUCCAUGAGCAGUUCUCUUUCUGACUAUAGAGGUCUGCCCGGCCCUUUCCGUUUACAUCUUGUGGACCAGGGGGAUUAAGAUAGCUCUUGACUUGAUUAUAGCCCCCUGCUUUGUCAGCACUUCGUGGGUAGGAGAGACAUUCUGGAGU